AUGCCAUUUUUUCUGAUUUAUUUAACCGUAUCCCUACUGGUGUGUGUUGGUGCCGAUUUCACGUCUUCUGAUCCUUCGACCUCACUUAGAUCAAGAUGGCCAGGAAAGGAGACAUGGGAAGACGGUAGAGUGCGGCCUUACUAUGCCGUAGACCACGUAAAAGUCAAAGAGGAGAUCGUAUCCCCAAAGACGAUCGUAGAAGUGCUCGACCGAUAUAUGCGCAUCGUUCAGAACCCGGCGAUUCGAACUAAUUAUUAUCUCCGCGCAGUUAAGGCAACAGAAGGAAACUCUGCUUUGUUAUCUCCUUUCUACAGUGCUACGUUUGGAGAGUGGUGGACACAUCGACAAGCCUCUGCUGUACCGGAGGACCCGGUAUGGUUUGACGGUACUUUGGUCGAGGGUUUACUUGAGGCUAUCAAUAUCACUGUCAACUACCACGUGCCGCAGCUACUAUCAGUUCGGCCGGGGUGGCAUUAUGAAAACGAAAGUGAAAUUUACCAAGAGGAAUUGCCGACUUACUUUGCCUCCUCACUAUUUCCAGAUGAUAUAGAGAGUUACGUCCAGGAUGGAAGGUGGGAAGGCGUCCGAACUCAUAUCGCGGCUAGAUAUGAUACACUCGUGUACCUACACCGUAAAUCUAAACUGGCGGGAAGGCAUCUACAUGCGGCUGCUAAGGGACAGAAGCUAGAUGUGCUCGCUGCGACUGGGAGGGCGGUAGAUAUGCUGAUCACACGCGCAAGAAGGAUAGCAUCAGAGCUCGACGAACUCGAUCAGAUUUACGAGUCAUUUAGUAAAAAACCGGAGAGCGCGGACUGGCUCGGAAGCUCCGCAUUAGGCUCUCUUAACCCCCAAUCUUCUAGCUUCAUUUCACGGGUUUAUCGGAAGAUACGAUAUAACAUCUUCACUACGAACAGGUCGAAAAGGCAAGACGUCGAAAACUAUCAGCGUGCAUUGCGCGGUAAUGUUGCUCGGACCUGCGCCGAAUAUUAUGUGAAAUUUCUCCGUGACGAGAACGAGGCUAGCAAUGGUACGAUGGUUCGUCGGGGUAUUCACCAGACGUACGAGGCUCUCCGUUACGGAACAAUGAUAAGUAGGGAGGACAUAGAGUCGACAAUCGAUGGGGUAUUACGAGAGUUGAAAAGGUACGAAAGGUUCAACAAGAACUCGCAGAAAGAGUUAUUACAGAAGAAUUCGCAGGAGGACCGUGUGCAGCGAACUAUCAAAGAGCUCGGCAGGGUAACACAAAUUCGCCAAUUCGCCGAGGAUAUGGUGGCUGCGGCGAACAGCUUGACACGAGAUCUAGACCACGUAGGGGGAUAUCGGCGGGUAGAGGCGGAGAAAGCCCAGGCUCGCUCGCAAGGUCAAGGGUGGUUGAAUUCCAAUGGUAAACUCUUAGACGUGAGAUUAGAAAAAGUAAUAGAUGAGAAGACCGGGCAGGAGAUCACAAUAUACUAUGACUACGAGUACCAGAUCGACAGGCCGAAGACGAUGGGGUCGGUCAUCCGAAGCAAAGCCGACGAGCUCGAGUACAUAUGGCACUCGGUACAGUAUUGCGAGAACGACCUGGCGUACCUGAACAUCUGCGAGGUGACACGAUGGAACUCGACGCAGAAGGCGCAGAAGCUUGAGAAGGAGUUCAGAGAGCGUGCUAAUGCGCUGGACCGUAAGCCGCCGACUUGUGAUGAGCUGGGCAAUUUGGUGUAUUUGAAAAGUAUUUGCAAGGAGAAAUAUCUUGGUGAUUAG